UUCCCUAUAUUGAAAUCAUUAAUAAAUUCCUAAUAUUAUUAAAGGAAGUAAUUACACAGCAACAACUAUUAAUACGUUAAAUAUGCAGGCAAAGGAAUCUAGUCCUUUCCAAAGCUUGGGCCUGCGACCUUGGCUAGCUAAACAGUUGGCAAAAUUAGGUCUUAAAGGAGCUACGCCUAUACAACAGCAUUGCAUCCCAGCAAUAUUGUCCGGGAAGGACUGCAUUGGUGCUGCUAAAACGGGUUCGGGCAAAACCUUUGCCUUUGCCUUGCCAAUAUUGCAAAAGUUGAGUGAGGAGCCUGUUAGUCAUUUUGCCUUGGUCUUGACACCUACACAUGAGUUGGCCUAUCAGAUUUCCGAACAGUUUUUGGUUGCCGGGCAGCCCAUGGGUGUGCGCGUUUGUGUUGUAUCGGGGGGCACUGACCAAAUGAUCGAGAGCCAGAAACUUAUGCAAAGACCGCAUAUUGUUGUUGCUAUGCCAGGGCGAUUAGCGGAUCACUUAACUGGUUGUGAUACAUUUUCAUUUGAUAAUUUAAAAUAUCUGGUCGUUGAUGAAGCAGAUCGCAUGCUGAACGGUGACUUUGACGAAAGCCUCGCCAUAAUUGAGAGAUGUUUACCUCAAUCCCGCCAAAAUCUAUUCUUUUCGGCCACUAUGAAGGAGUUUAUAAAAGAGUCCAGCAUAUUUACCAUAGCUGCGGAUUGUGUAGAAUGGUCUCAGGACUCUGAAAUUGCCACAGUUGACACACUCGACCAGCGCUAUUUACUUUGUGCGGAUUAUGAUCGAGAUAUGGUGUUAAUUGAAGCUUUGCGGAAAUACCGCGAGGAAAACGAAAAGUGCAACGUUAUGAUUUUCACAAACACAAAAAAAUACUGCCAGCUUCUUUCGAUGACAUUGAGAAACAUGGAUAUUGAGAACGUAUGCUUGCAUGGUUUUAUGCGUCAAAAGGAGCGGGUCGCGGCUCUUAGUCGCUUCAAGUCAAAUCACAUACGCACACUUAUUGCUACAGAUGUGGCGGCCCGUGGGCUAGACAUACCGAGCGUGCAGCUGGUCAUUAAUCAUAUGCUGCCCCGCACGCCAACUGAAUACAUUCAUCGAGUGGGCCGAACGGCAAGGGCUGGACGGAAAGGACUGGCUAUAUCGAUAUUUCGAUUUCCCAGAGAUCUGGAGUUGCUCGGGGAAAUUGAAGCCAAAAUCAAUACUAAACUAACAGAACAUCCUAUUGAUCAGCGCAUGGUUGAGCGCAUCUUCAUGCAAGUAAACGUGACACGCCGGGAGUCCGAGAUGAAAUUGGAUAACAAUGAUUUUGAUGAACGCGCUCAAAACUAUAGACGUAAAACAUGGAUACUUGAGGGAAAGGAUCCCGAUGAAAUGGAAGCGCUAUAUCGGAAAAAGCAAAAGGAAAAACUACGCGAAAUUCGUCGCAAACGAAAGCAACGCCAAACCGAAUCUGAAUUGAAUCGGGAAGGCAAGGUGUUGCUGCAGGAUGAACGCUUUAAAGAUGUAAAUAGUGCACGCUUUGAGAAAAAAUAUAAGCGCGCAAAAAGUAAAGAUACCUCAGAAGCAAAUUAAUUUGUUAUCAAAGUAUUUUAUAGUUCAACAAAUAACUUUUGAGCUUACACUAGACUAAGCAGUUACAAAACGCCUAAUUAAAUACAUAAUUUCCAAAAAUUCA